CAAUGAUUACAUGCAAGUGUGCGAGUGUGUGUGUUUACAUCAGUAUACGCGCGUGCGUGUGCGCGCUUCAAAAAGCAUCCACAGUUGCGCUACUUAAGCCGAAAUUCACAACGCGCACUUAAGGCAGGGCGAAUCCCGUCGCUGAUUGGUCAAAGGCCUGCGUCCGACCGGGUCGUCCGCCAAUCACAGGCGAGACUUACCCAACCCACGGUGCGCAGCUGACACUUGUAAACAAACGCUCCGAGAUGAGGCCUUCCAGCCACACCAAGAGGCGAAAUUUCAGCGAACAGGAGAAAACUCUCUUAUUCUCUCUGAUCAGCAAGGAAAAACAUGUGCUGGAGUGCAAGGACAUUAAGGCCCACACCCUCGAGGAGAAGAGAAAGAGCUGGGAAAAGAUAACACUUACUUUUAAUGCAGAUACGAGCGUGGUUGUUAUUCCUCGCACAGUCGAAGAACUCCGCAAGUGCUGGAUGAAUCAGAGAUACAGGGAGAAGCAAAUUGCAGCGGCCGAAAGAAAGAGGCCCGAUUGUCCACAACAGUACGGGGAAAAUCCAACCUCCCCGACUACUAUGAAUGUUGAAGUAGAUCCCGUCAUACUCAAUCGUUCACCGGAACCAGUACAAAGCUCUUGGGAAGAUGACCUUAGCAUCAAGAAUGACGAUGAUGGACAGAUACAGGGACAGCAGCAAACUGUACAAACUGUGCAAACUGUACAUCAUCAACAGUCACAGCAGCAACAACAACAACAACAACAACAACAACAACAACAACAACAACAACAACAACAACAACAUCAACCACAACAACAGCAACUUCAGCAACAACAGCAGUCACAACAACUUCAACAUCAACAACAGCAAGAACAGCAACAACAACAGCAGCAUCAACAGCAACAGCAACAACAACAGCAGCAGCAGCAAUUGGAAAACCCCGGAAGAGCAGUGUUUGCAAUGAGCACACUACCACUAGGUAUACAAACAAAUGUUACACAGAGAAGUAAUUACCGGCCAAUAGCACCGGCUCCACCACCACCGCCUCCUCCUCCACCUCAGGUACAACAAGCAAAUGUCAAUAAUGCAGUGAUACCAGGAGUACAGCACAUCACAGCAACAAGGAACCUACAGUUUGAUAACGGCACAACAGCUGUGUCGACUCCUGUGUCAACAAUAUGCCCUAGCACAGCUGUUACCAGUAUUGCAAACAAUCCCAUGGACUGGCCAGAAACCACAGUAUCAAGCUCCGGGAAUUCCUGUAACUCUACAUGGCCAGCAUCUGUUCGAACGUCACAGAAAAGAAAACUAGACUUGUUACUUGACCAAGACAGACAGUUAGCAAGUAAACAACUAGUCACAGCCAAACUAGAAGAAGAAAAAGGUAGAUUACAAUUGAGAAUACUUCAUGAACAACUAAAAAAUGUACAAAGAGAAACCCAUCUUAUUGACAGAAAGAUAGCUCUAGCUGACAGAAAAAUACAAUAUUGGGACAAAGUAUUGAAAAAUGGAGGUGAUGAACAUUUUUUGUCCCAUAUGUGAGACUGGAAAAAAGAAGUCUUUAAUAAUUUUGUUGUGAAACUGUGUAUGACUGCAAAGCAAUACAUAAAAACAUUGAGGUUCUGUAAAUGGAAAAUCUUGCAUCAGUUAUGCAGAAUUUAGGAUUAAGAAGUAAAAAUGAUGUGCUUCAGAUUCUGAGGAAGAAGAGAGAUUUUGCCUAAGGAUAUGUAAAGUUGGUGAAUUUGUGCUCUUAAGUUGGCAUAUCUAGAGGUGGUACAGUUUGCUGAUUGCAAAUAACAAAGGUUUAUUUAUUUUAAAAAAAGGCAUUUUGUUUAUUAUUUAUAAAAAAGGCAUUUUGUUUAUUAUUUAUAAAAAGGGCAUUUUGUUUAUUAUUUAUAAAAAAGGCAUUUUGGUUAAUAUUAAUUUCAUCAUGGAAGCAUAUCUGAAGAAGUCAUUGAAAUCUCUGGAAAACAGUAUGAAAACAAUAUAUACUUUGUUGUAGAGAACUAAACCUUCAAUUUUGUAGGUUCCAUAGAUACCAGUGAUCUGUUGACAACUGAAAUGUGAUGUCCAGUGAUAAGACCAUGUGUCUUUAAAAUCUCCAUAUAUGAGAAAUUUAACAAUGAACCUAAAAAAAAUAUUUUGAUUUAUAUGUGAUAUUUUGAAUCUACUUGAAACAAGUUGAGGCAAUACCAUUGUUCAUGAUCAAUAAAGUGCAGUGUGUGUAAGUGUACACCAGGACUACAAAGCCUUGCAUAUUUUAAGGUACUUGAUAUCUCUUAAAGAGACAGUAUUGACUCAGGAAGAAUGAAACCACUGAGACAUUUUAAAUGAUUAGUUUGUAGGUAGUUUUUUGUAAUAAUGAUAAAUUUUGAGUAACACAUUUUAAAGUGUUAAAUGUUUAUUUACUUUUAAUACAAGAAGAGAGCUUUAAUUAAGGUUAAUUUCAAUGUGCAUAUUGAAAACAAAAUUGAUGAUUCAAAGAAGUACUGGCAGUGAAUUUACUAUCGUAUUAUGUAAUACAUUUUAAAUUUGCAAUUGCGUAUGCAUUUAAUUUGUAUAAUAACUAUAUUGAAUCUUUUAACUCUUCAUUGAUUUGGCUUUGUGUUACAUCUGAUACAGCUUUGUAUAUUUUCUUUUGCAAAUAAUGUUUGAAUGUUCCAUUAGACAAGGAAUAUAUAGAUUUUUCAUAAAGAAGUAGGAGUGGUGUUUAUAUGCAGUUAAGCUCAUGGAGAUCAAUAUUUUGAUAUAAACAUUUUGUGCAUUUAAUACACAAGAUUUAUAUUCUUAUGUAAAUGUUGUACAGAAUAAUUUAUUUAAUAGCUUUGAUAGGAGGCAAUAACAGUGUUGUGAAUGAGGAGGAAAUUCCCCAAAAUAAAAUUUUCAUAGUCAGCUAGAAAAUAAUUGCUUUUGAUUGAAGUGCUCUCUAGGUUUAAAAAGUUUAUUUAUUUAAUGUAUUUAUGUACAGUAUAUGAGUAGUCCAGUAGGGUUUGCAGAACAUUGUAGAUGUCAAAAAAUUUGCUCUUUUAAGCUUGUCAGCAGAGAUUAAGCAUACCAGUACAUCAGCCAAGUUCAAAAUUUGAGGAAGGCACAUUUAGUUCUUAUGAAAAAAAAAACAAAAAACAUACAAAAUAGUUGAGUAUCUAAGGUAUGAGACAGCCAAACCAAUGGAGGGAUAUAGGAUUUAAAGUAUUCUUUGUGUUGCAUCAUUCUGUAAUAGUAAUGAUGUCAGGCUUGUACAAGGAAAUUUCUUUUUAAAUAUGCAACAUUAUGAGUGUAUGUACUGCAAAGCUUGUAUUUUCAGUUUAUGGUAUAUACAGAUUUUCUUUUUAAGACAAAUAUUUAUUGAGAACCAGAAAGAUUGA